CCAAAACAAUGAAACAACAACUGCAGAUUAAGGUCUACUUCCGUUGCAAUGCACUUCUCUCACAUAUAUGGGUGGGACCUACAUGCUAUAAGAAGAGGGGAUGAAUGAUGGUUGGGAUCAAACAGCCACAUCGCUCAUCUAUACAGGCCUAGGCCGAGCCUGUCUCUCUGUUUCCUCUUUACGCGCCCUUGCAACGGUAAAAACGAAGCUUUAAGUAUUUGAAUCACGUCACCUAAGUUUCAACGAUCCCAGGUUCAAACAAAGCACUUAAAUCAUAUUCACGGAUGAUUGCAAAGUCAUGCACCAAUUUCCCACCUUCCUCAAGUCGAUCAGAUUAUAUUUGACGUCCGGGGAUCUACGAAGUGCACACCACUUGUUCGAACAAAUUCCUGAACCGGACAUACGGACUUGGACCCUCUUGAUUUCAGCUUAUUCGCAACAUGGGUUUCCUAGGGAAUCUCUGAAACUAUACGCCGCAUUUCGAUCAAAGAGUACGAGUCCUGACAAUAUUCUCCUUUUAUCGGUUGCUAAGGCUUGCGCUAGAUUGUGCGACGUUAUUAAGGCGAGAGGGCUUCAUGGUGAUGUUAUUCGGUUUGGGUUUGCCAAUGAUGUUUCGGUUGGUAAUGCAUUGAUAGAUAUGUAUGCUAAGUGUAAUUCUGUGGAUGGGGCAAGACAGGUUUUUGGAACUAUGGUGGUGAAAGAUGUGGUUUCCUGGACUUCCAUGGCUUCUUGUUACGUCAGUAGUGGGUUACUGCAACAAGGAUUGGGGAUUUUACGUGAGAUGCUGUUAUAUGGGGUAAGACCCAAUUUAAUGACAGUGUCGUCAAUUCUUCCUGCCUGCUCGGAUUUGAAAAGCAUAAGUUUAGGGAGAGAGAUUCAUGGAUUUGUGAUGAGGCAUGGAAUGGAAGGGAAUGUAUUUGUGAGUAGUGCACUUGUGGACAUGUAUGCGAACUGCUCUUGUCUGAAGCAAGCUCAUCUGGUUUUUGAAAACAUGUCUGAGCGAGAUGUUGUGUCUUGGAAUGUAAUCUUAUCGGCAUUCUUCUCGAAUAAGGAAUUUGAGAAGGGUCUUGGUUUGUUUUAUGCAAUGAGAGACAAGGGCGUUAAAUUAGAUCAAGCUUCAUGGAAUGCCAUCCUGGCAGGGUGCUUGCAAAACGGGCGAAGUGAUCUAAUGCUAGAAAUGAUUGGCCAUAUGCAAGAUUUAGGUUUCAAGCCCAAUCGAAUCACAAUUACUAGCAUCUUAUCUGCAUGUACAAGUUUGGAGAACAUACGGUUAGGCAAACAGAUUCAUGGCUAUACUUUUAGGCAUUUGUUUAUUGAGGAUUUACAAGCUACGACUGGUCUGGUAUGGAUGUAUGCCAAAUGUGGUGAUUUAGAGCUCUCACAAAGAGUCUUUAGUAUGAUGCCAAGAAAGGAUACUGUUGCAUGGAACACGAUGAUCAUGGCAGCCUCAAUGCAUGGAAAAGGAGAGGAGGCCUUGUUUCUCUUUCACCAAAUGUUGAACUCAGGGGAUAAAGCCAAUUCUGCUACCUUCGUUAGUGUACUAUCUGGAUGUAGCCACUCAAAGCUUGUCGACCAAGGGCUUUUGAUUUUCAAUUCAAUGAGUAGUGUAUACUCAGUUGAACCAGAUUCUGAUCAUUACUCCUGCAUGGUUGAUGUGUUUAGCCGUGCUGGCCGCUUGAAAGAGGCAUAUGAGCUCAUCCGACAAAUGCCUGUGGAAUCAACUGCUGCUGCUUGGGGAGCAUUGCUUGGUGCAUGUAGGGUGUAUAAGAACGUGGAAUUGGGAAAGGUUGCAGCAAAGCGGUUAUUUGAGAUUGAACCGGAAAACCCUGGAAACUACGUAUUGUUAUUCAACGUUUUUGUUGCUGCCAAACUGUGGGAAGAAGCUUCAGUGACUAGAAAAUUGAUGAGAGACAGAGGAAUUACGAAGAAACCUGGUUGUAGUUGGAUUGAGGCUAAUAAUAGAAUUUAUACUUUUGUUGCUGGUGAUAAAACUAACAAACACACUUCUGAAAUCUGCAGAUUUUUGGAUGAUAUGGGUGAGAAGAUGAGAUUGGCUGGUUAUGUACCCAACACUGAUUUUGUGCUGCAAGAUGUAGAUGAGGACGAGAAAUUGGAACUUCUUUGCAACCACAGUGAGAAGCUUGCAGUGGCUUUUGGGAUAAUGAACCUUAAUGGGGCAUCUGUGAUACGGGUAUUUAAGAAUUUGAGGAUAUGCGGGGAUUGUCAUAAUUCUAUCAAAUUCAUGGCAAAGAUUGUUGGUGUGCAUAUCGUUGUGAGAGAUUGCUUGAGGUUUCACCAUUUCAAAGAUGGGCAUUGUUCCUGUGGGGACUUCUGGUGAUUUCCAACAACAGGCAUAGUAACUGGUUGAA